AGCAUAGCUUUUCUAUUUUUGAAUAUUUUCUUUAAUUUUACGGAUAUAUAUGUCUCGAGAAAAAUCGAUGCGCGGCUGUUGACUUUAUUUUUUCUGUAUAUUUUGCAUCAAGAUGCUAUCUUGAAAGAACAAGAGAUUCUUUAUGAAUCGGAAGAAACAUCACAACGUCGUUUCGGAAAGUGGGCAAUGUGGUUUAGUAAUAGUGAUCGUUGGAAUUUUUCCAUGGAUCGAUUAUUUUUCGAGCUUAUGGACGAGUGUAAAUAUCUGGCACCAGGAGCGCAAUUGACCUACGCUGUGAGAAAUCGUUUAGAGAAAUACAAGAGAGAAGAGCGGAAAAUAAUUGUAUCUCAUAUGAAAGAUGGCUGUGCUCCAUUGUUUAUUGCCUGCAAGAGGGGACAUGUGGAGAUUGUCGAAUAUCUUUUAAGAAAAUGCGACGCCGACAUUGAACAAAGAGGAAAGUAUGAAGUACCUGAUGAUGGAUCAGUUCACUGUGUCACGCCAUUAUGGUGCGCCGCGGUAUCUGGGAAUUUGGAAGUUAUAAAAUGCCUUAUAUCCCAUGGAGCUGAUGUGAAUGCAGUCUCUGAUUCUGGAUCUACUCCCGUUAGAUCUGCGUGCUUCAUGACACAUAUGGACAUUGUCUUGUAUUUAGUGGAAAAUGGCGCUGAUAUACUAAAAGCAAACUAUAAUGGUGGAACAUGUUUGAUAAAUUCUAUACAAAGUGUGGAGUUGUGCACUUUUCUUUUGGAACAUGGCGCGGAUGUGAAUGCCACGGAUAUUCAGAACAAAACUGCCUUGCAUUACGCCAUUCAGGAACAUAGAUUUCGAACUACCAAACUGCUCUUAGAACAUAAUGCGGACCCUCAUAUCAGAUCUCGAUAUAACGAUGAUGCCCUCCAGACUGCCUGUCUUAAAGGAGCCAUCCAGAUAUUCGAAUACUUAGUGGAAAACGUAUCAUAUUCCGCGGAAAGAUUGGCAGAUGCAAACGAGCUAAUGGGAUCCACAUUUUUCGACGAUCAUAGCGAUACGCAUAUGGCGUUACAAUAUUGGAGGGCCGCGAUGGUCCUCAGAAUAGUCAACUCGAAUGACGGAGUGCCUUUGCCAAAGAGACCUGUGUUACCAAACCGCGAGACUUACAGAAAUACCGUGGAAUUUUCAACCGUGGAAGAGUUAAACGCCAUUUCGCUCGAUUUAGAUGCAAUAAGAAUACAAAGUUUAUUGAUAUGUGAAAGGAUAUUAGGCCCACAUCACAAAGAUACUCUCUUUCGACUGAUGUUUAGAGGUGCAUCAUAUGCAGACUCUUUAAGAUAUCAACAAUGUAUAGAUUUGUGGCAUCGAGUGUUAGAAAUUAGAAUUGAAAAGGAUUCGAUUUUAUAUGCAGAUACCUGUUUCACUGCACAAGCUCUUGUAAGGCUUAUGGUGGAUCUGAAUGAAAGAACAUUGGAAGUAAUAGAUCGUAAUCGAGAAAGACAAGAACCGAGAUUUUGCGACGUAGUAGCAAUAUUUAAAUUACUCUCUAGCCAGCUGACGGAAGCUAGAGAGUUAUUGGAGAAACGUCCUGUGCAUAAGAGACAGAGAGACAAUUAUGAACGUAUUCUGAAAUGCGUGACGCAUCUUAUUUAUCUUUUAGUAGAAAAAGCAAAAUCUGAUGAACAGAAAGCUUUAAUGCACCAGUUAGUCCAUGGUUUAGUGAAACAAAAUCCCAGAUCUGUUUAUAUAGAGGACACACUUCUUCAUCUUUGUGUUUCUAGUUCAAAUACAAUCAACUCUAGUUACUUUACUUCUGCCGAUGAUAUACAUACAAUUUUUCCACGUUUGGAUGUUGUUAAAUUGCUCUUGGAUUGUGGAGCAUACGUCGAUGCUAGAAAUACAUUACGGUCAACCCCUUUACAUAUAGCAAGCAACGCAUACAACUUUCACAAUGCUCUGAUAAAAUUGUUGUUGGAUUAUGGCGCACACUUAGAUACACCAAAUAGAGCGGGAGAUACACCAUUACGACUGAUAUCCUCUAAUCCGCAAAAUAACGUAAAUCUUCUUAAUUAUACUAGUCUUCAAUGUCAAGCCGCACAGGCUGUUUGUAAAUACGGAAUCUGCAGUAAAGAAUUGCCUAUUACAUUACGCCAUUUCCUAGAACUUCACAGAGAAUGAUACUGAUGAUAAUUUAUAAUAAGAAUAAUUUUUUCAAAUUAUAUUAUACUUAUUGAGAGAUAUUUUGUCAUAAUUCCAAAAUGUAUGACAAUAUCAAAGGAUUCAUGUGUAAUGAUGAACACAAUGAUAUAUAUACUAAUUUAUAUAAUUCAUAUUCUCAUUAUAAGCAUAUUAGAGAGAGAGAGAGAGAGAGAGAGAGAGAGAGAGAGAUAAACAUAUAUAAUAUAAAAUAGUGAAAUA